UUAAUAAAAAUUAAUAAAUAAAUAAAAAAAGGAAAACAAAUAAAAAAAUUUAAUCAGUCAUGAGUUGCCCUUAUGGCUCAACAAAUGGAUCGGAACAUGAUGAUAACGCUAUACCUCUCAAUAAUGAAGUGGGAAAAAUUUACGGCGAAUACCUGAUGCUAGAUAAACUUUUAAAUUCUCAACAUAUGUUAUCAAAGGAGAAUAAUCAAUCCGUACACGACGAGCAUCUAUUCAUUAUUACUCAUCAAGCUUAUGAGUUAUGGUUUAAACAAAUCAUUUUUGAAUUGGAUUCGAUACGAGAAAUGUUGAACGAAGAACGAAUCGAGGAAACGAAAACUUUAGAAAUAUUGAAACGUUUAAAUCGUAUUGUACUGAUUUUGAAGUUAUUGGUUGAUCAAGUCCCAAUUUUAGAAACAAUGACCCCGUUAGACUUUAUGGAUUUUCGCAAUUAUUUAGCGCCCGCUUCCGGUUUCCAGAGUUUGCAAUUUCGUUUAAUUGAGAAUAAAUUGGGUGUAAAAGCAGAACAUCGGGUCAAAUAUAAUCAAAAAUAUUCGGAGGCAUUUGGCUUUGAUCGCUGUGCUAUAGAAGCCAUCAUUAAAUCGGAAAACGAGCCAUCAUUAUUAGAGUUAAUUGAAAAAUGGCUAGAACGUACUCCGGGCUUAGAAGAAAAUGGUUUCAAUUUUUGGCAUAAAUUUCAAGACAGCGUCGAUCGUUUUCUAAAAGAACAAGAGAAUAGCGCAAUGAAAGAGAAAGUUGAAUCGGCUAAAAAUUAUCGCUUAAUGGAUAUUGAGAAACGUCGUGAAGUCUAUCGCAGUAUAUUUGAUAUAGCUAUUCACGAAGCCUUAGUAUCGCGUGGCGAUAGACGUUUUAGUCACAAAGCUUUGCAGGGAGCCAUCAUGAUUACUUUCUAUCGUGACGAGCCGCGUUUCAGUCAACCUCAUCAAGUGUUAACUUUAUUAAUGGACAUUGAUUCGCUUAUAACCAAGUGGCGUUAUAAUCAUGUCAUUAUGGUUCAGCGUAUGAUCGGCUCACAACAAUUGGGUACUGGCGGCUCUUCCGGUUAUCAAUAUUUACGUUCAACAUUAAGUGAUCGUUACAAAGUCUUCUUGGAUUUGUUUAAUUUAUCGACAUUUUUAAUACCCCGUGAAGCUAUUCCACCUUUGGAUGAAACCAUGAGAAAAGAAUUAAUCAAUUGAUAAGGAGCGAGGGAUAGAGAGAGAGAGAGAGAGAGAGAGAGAGAGAGAGAGAGAGAGCAUCUGUUUUUACGGACUAUAGUUGGUCAUUGUUUUCCCUUGGCGACCUUUUAAACGAAAUGUUAGUGAAAAAUUUUUUAUUAACUAAACUAUGUACAAAAUCUUUUUUAGCAAUAAAAUCUUGACAAUUUGUUUACGCAAUAUUCUGCUGUCUAUACUCUAUCUAAUUAUAUGAAAACAGUCCAUGAGUACAAUCUUUUUCGUGUUAAUUGAGCUAUAAGUGUUGAUGAAAUGGUUACAAUUGUAAGGGAAGAUUUGCAGAAGCUAUAUUUAUGCAGAAAGAGAUAGUUGGCGCAAGUACAUCAUCAGUAUCUAGAGAGUAUCCAGAGAUCUGAACUUGUGCAAACAGCUUCCAGCAUGCAGUCACCGUUUGAUAGUAAUUAGUAUUGAUAUCAUUCUUUUGUAAGAAAUGAAUUAAAUGAAGAAAACGGCUAUAGCGGGUCACGGUUCACCAUACAUACACCAACUUUUCGAAAUAAGGCGUUAUAUGUGGAGUGGCUCUCAAAAGUUACCACGUUUAGGUUCAACACAAAAAAGCAGGAUGUGCGGACGCAAGGACAAACUUAGAUCAAUUCAGAAUGUGAUUCGGGUUGGUUCGAUACAAUAGAAGGUCGGUCUUUGUCAAGUUAUUUUGGUUGUUGUGUACAUUUCCAUAAACUUAGUACAGCCAUAGGGUAUAGGGUGUAAUAAACGUAGGAUUUUCUCCUUCACGUGUUCUUUACUUAUAUAUCUGAGUGAGUAUCUGUAAUAGUUUACACAAAUGUAGUCUGUAAGUGUACAAUGUGUGCAUAGCAUGACAGAAUAAUCGGCACUACUUGAUGUUCUGGUCAUAAGAAUAAAACUCGUCGUCGCUAAUAUUCUUUUUAAUCAUUACUCCUUCUUUGUUUCCUUCUUCUAUUUAAAAUCUUUCCUGUUCAUCACUGUACUUCCGCAGUCUUACGAAAAUAACUUGUCAUCAAAAAAAAAAAAACAAAAAAAAUCGCUAUCAUUCAUAUUCAUAGUCUUGCUUUAUAUAUCAAGAAACUAAUUAAUAAAGCUUGGAAUUGCAAAGAAAAGAUUGUUUUAUUUUUAAACACAACAAUAC